GCUGUCACCCCGCGAGCAGGCUGCGCACCGCCCAGGCCGGAUCCGGGGCCGCAGACUUGGGCGCUUCGGGCCGGGGAGCGCGGAGGAGCCAUGGCCACCACCAACGGGGCCGUGGAGAACGGGCAGCCGGACAGGAAGCCGCCUGCCCUGCCGCGCCCCAUCCGCAACCUGGAGGUCAAGUUCACCAAGAUAUUCAUCAACAAUGAAUGGCACGAAUCCAAGAGUGGAAAAAAGUUUGCAACAUAUAACCCUUCAACUCUAGAAAAAAUAUGUGAAGUGGAAGAAGGAGAUAAGCCCGACGUGGACAAGGCCGUGGAGGCCGCACAAGCUGCCUUCCAGAGGGGCUCGCCGUGGCGCCAGCUGGAUGCCCUGAGCCGCGGCCGGCUGCUGCACCAGCUGGCUGACCUCUUGGAGAGGGACCGCGCUGUCCUCGCCACCCUGGAAACAAUGGACUCGGGAAAGCCGUUCCUUCAUGCAUUUUUCAUCGACCUGGAGGGCUGUAUUAAAACCCUCAGAUACUUCGCAGGGUGGGCAGACAAAAUACAGGGCCGGACAAUCCCCACAGAUGACAACGUUGUGUGUUUCACCAGACAUGAGCCCAUAGGUGUGUGUGGGGCUAUCACUCCCUGGAACUUCCCUCUGCUGAUGCUGGUGUGGAAGCUGGCGCCCGCUCUCUGCUGUGGGAAUACUGUGGUUGUGAAGCCAGCUGAACAGACUCCCCUCACCGCCCUUUAUCUGGGCUCUCUCAUCAAAGAGGUCGGAUUCCCUCCAGGCGUGGUGAACAUUGUGCCAGGAUUUGGGCCCACAGUGGGGGCAGCGAUUUCUUCUCACCCUCAGAUCAGCAAGAUAGCCUUCACGGGGUCCACAGAGGUUGGAAAGCUGGUUAAAGAAGCUGCCUCCCGGAGCAAUCUGAAGAGGGUGACACUGGAGCUUGGGGGGAAAAACCCCUGUAUCGUGUGUGCUGAUGCUGACUUGGACUUGGCAGUGGAGUGCGCCCAUCAGGGAGUGUUCUUCAACCAAGGCCAGUGCUGCACGGCCGCCUCCAGGGUGUUCGUAGAGGAACCGGUCUACACCGAGUUUGUCAGGCGGAGCGUGGAGUAUGCCAAGAAACGGCCCGUCGGAGACCCCUUUGACGUCAGGACUGAACAGGGGCCGCAGAUUGAUCAAAAGCAGUUGAACAAAAUCCUCGAUCUGAUUGAGAGUGGGAAGAAGGAGGGAGCCAAGCUGGAAUGUGGAGGCUCAGCCAUAGAAGACAGGGGGCUCUUCAUCAAACCCACUGUCUUCUCAGAAGUUACUGACACCAUGCGGAUUGCCAGAGAGGAGAUUUUUGGACCGGUGCAGCCAAUACUGAAGUUCAAAAGUAUUGAAGAAGUGAUAAAAAGAGCAAAUAGCCUUGAAUAUGGACUCACAGCAGCUGUGUUCACAAAAAACCUCGACAAAGCACUGAAGCUGGCUUCCGCGUUAGAGUCUGGGACUGUCUGGAUCAACUGCUACAAUGCCAUCUACGCACAGGCUCCAUUUGGUGGCUUUAAAAUGUCUGGAAAUGGCAGAGAACUAGGUGAAUAUGCUCUGGCCGAAUACACUGAAGUGAAAACUGUCACCAUCAAACUCGAUGACAAGAACCCCUGAAGGAGAGGUGGGCUCCUUCCUCCAACAUUCAACAGCUGAAUGUGGCAGAUCGAACUUGCCGAAGAAAAAACUACAUUUCUGACCUUCCGGGAUACUUUCUUCUGGAGACUUUAAAUCUACUGGAUUGGACUGAUUUGUCUUUCCUCUCACACUCCUGUUUUAUUGACCAGUAUGUUGUGUGUGGAGUCACAGUCCUGCCUGGGGAUGGAGCUAUGAGUCCUUGCUAUUCUCCCCUUUCCACCAGGCCCCGGGGACAGUGAAGAGGCUCAGGGCUUUGCAACAGGAAGUUGUAUUUGAAUUGUCCAGCAGUCGCUUAAAAAUGCUUUGCUGACUCUGAUUCCAGUAAGAAUUUGGAAAGUAACUCCCUGCGUGUUCUGCAAACAGGGCCCUGCACCUGCGGUCUCCUCAGGGUUACCUGCCCACAGAUCCAGCCCCAUUCAAUGGGAAAGGAUUAGCACUAAGUUAAAAAAAAAAACAGGAAUGCGAGGAGCCAGUGUGGGGAGCUUUGGGGAAGCAUGUGCCAUGGAAGGAGACUGGAGGCCUUGGCUAUGGACGGGCGUGGGUCUUUGAGGACUGCAUCUUGCCAUUGACAAUAGGACUCAGCUUCAAACCAGUACUGCCUUUGGAAUAUGACCGAAUCAACAGCCCAAAAAACUUGUCUAAAACCAUGUCAGAGUCUACCUUAACCAAGGCACUUUCUUAGGUAGAAAACAUCACUAGUGUCACCAUCGCUGCUAAGGACCCCCUGUUCUGACACUACAAUAGCAUAGCAAAUCCUAGGAUAAUUGAGUCCCGCUUUUUACAAAGCAGAGCCAUAAUUCGCUGUUACUAAUUAUGCAUUUCUAUCACAUGCAUUAACGGUGUAUGAGAAGCCUAUAUAGUUUUCCUUUCUCCGGUUGGGUUAUCCAUUCUAGAUUAGUAAAACUACACGACUGGAAAGAUUGCUAUUAUACAGCUCUGAUUUUCUCAAGUCCUAUUUUGAUAUUAAUUAAUGAUUAAUUAACAAAUAACACCUGAACUCCAUGGAGGGACUGGGUCUCCUACUAAAGCAGCUUGAGUCCUGCACUCACAAGUUGUGAAUUCUUCUUUUCCUCUUUCUGUAUCCAAAUGAUGUUCAAAUCCAUGUUUUAACUUGGAAAACUGAAAGUGUUCCCAUGUAGCUUUACAAAAAACAAAAACAAACUUAAAUUGUGUUAUUCGGAUACUUUUACUGUUACUAACUAGUCUUUUCUAAUGGUGCUUAUGUUUGAGAAUUAAAUUGGGGGGGCAAUAA